UCGUCAAACUUGGAAAAUACUUCUCCUACUCUAUGGAAAAGCAAGCAAAGGUGUUCAAAAUUCUGAAUCUUGACGCCCUCAAAGAUGAAACUUCCAUGAGAUGAGAAUUUUCCCCUCUUUUCAUUGAAUCAAUCACUCAACAUUAUUUUAAUGUCAAAAUGCAAUUCUUCAUUAUUAAUUUUAUAUCAGUGAUAUUAUUUUAUUUCCAGUGCGUGUCAGCAACAACAUUUACAGAGAGAAGAAGAAGAAGGUUCCAUUUACUAUUAGCAGCCUUCGAUGUGGACUAGAAAGUCCAUAAAUUCCGAACGAACCCAAAAUUCAAAAAUACAAGAACCCCUGAUCCUCGUUAAGCGCCAUUACUAUUGAUCGACAAAAAGCUUUCUGCUGUUUGAUUGUUUUUUUUCUUCAUAUUGUUGGUUAUGUGAAAAUGGGUUCGUCGGAAAUGGAAAAAGGUUCAAAUUUUAGUGAUGAAGAUAGAGUGGAAGAGAGGAAAUCUGAAAUGGGUAUUGAGAAUAGCGAUAAGAAGGAAGAGAAGAAAUCUGAUAUGGGUAUUCAGAAGAAUGAGAAUAGCAAUAAGAAGACAAGGAGAAAAAUGUUUUCUAUUUUCCCUAGAUGCGCGUGUAUGAGAUUGGAUGAUGAAGUUCCUGUUGUUGAGACACCUGCUGAUGAAGGUGGUUUCAAUGUGGAGGCUAGCCAAAAGGGUCCGGGUCCUGCUCCUAAUCACUUAGUUGUCAUGGUUAAUGGUAUAAUUGGCAGUGUAGAAGAUUGGAAGUAUGGUGCCGAGCAAUUUGUGAAGGCCUAUCCACAAGAUAUCAUUGUUUAUCGCAGUCAAUCUAAUUGUUCAAAGUUGACAUUCGAUGGUGUUGACGUAAUGGGGACAAGACUAGCUGAAGAGGUACUAUCUGUUAUAAAACGUACUCCACAUCUACAGAAGAUUUCCUUUGUUGGUCACUCCCUAGGUGGCCUGGUAUGUAGAUAUGCAAUUGCAAAGCUAUAUGAACAAAGAUCUGCAAGAAUAGUUUGCGAACAAGAUAUGGAAUGUAGUCUUAAUGGGUCCACUAAUUCGUGUGAGGAAGAGGUAUCAAAAAGAAACAUUGCUGGGCUGGAACCCAUGAACUUUAUAACCUUUGCUACACCACAUCUCGGUUGUAGGGGGCACAAACAGGCUCCAGCAUUCUGUGGGCUAUACUCUCUUGAAAAACUUGCAGCAAGUUCCUCGUGGUUACUUGGAAGAAGUGGAAGGCAUCUCUUUCUGAAAGAUUGUGACGAAGGGAAACCUCUCCUUCUUCGGAUGGCCAGUAAUUCCGAAGAUCUGCCAUUUAUAUCUGCUUUGCAGUCAUUUAAGCGACGUGUGGCCUACGCAAAUACAUGUUUUGACUAUCUUGUUGGAUGGAGUACAUCAUCUUUGCGCCGCAGAAAUGAGCUUCCAAAGCAUCGGAACUUGAAAAAAGUGGAUAAAUACCCACAUAUUGUAAACGUAGAUAUGGCAACAAGUGUUAGUUCUCAAGAAGAAACUCCUACUAAGGCCAAAAUAAACAGAUACAAGUCUCAAGAAAUGGAAGAGGCUAUGAUCAGAGGUUUAACAAAGUUGAGCUGGGAACGUGUUGAUGUUAGCUUCAAAGGAAGUAAACAGAGAUACCUUGCGCAUACAGCAAUUCAGGCAUGUAUUUGUUUUGUCUUGAACACACUUAUAAGGAGCUUCUGCUUGCAAUGUUCCUUCACUAUAGAUCAUCAUAGAUUUCAUCACAUACCAUUCUAUUAUGACCUAGGCAAAUUCCUUUCUUAUUAGUUAUUUACUCGGGCAUUUUCAUUUCAUGUCUGUGUUUUCACUCACUCACUUAGCUAAUUAGCUUGAAGUGUUUGCUUGUUUUCCCUGAGAGCUCAUAAAAAAUCCACCUUUCUCCCAUACUUUGUGUAUAACUCAAGAUACAGUCAUAAAUUUGCAUACUAUGGGGUGAUUAGAUGGAUUGUUGAAGCAUACUAUUUUAAGGUUACGGGUAAUAAAGAAUGGAUAAUUAGGCCCAAAAGGUAACUAAGGUUACUUAUUGUUUUCAACAAACAGAAGCAAAUUUUGAAGUAUUUUAUGAUUUUUUUCCCUGAAGUUUCUGAAUCAAAACUCUAGGCAUUGGUUAAUAUGAGGAAUGGAAUAGAGAAAAAGAGGAGUUCAAAUAAGAAAAGAGUGGUCCUUAUGGAAUGUAUAGUGCGUCAAACGUGUUAGAUGUAUAUCCUAAGCAUUAGGAUUAUCCAGUUCUCAAGUCACACCGAUUCUCUAGUGCAUUUUAUCUCUUAACAUACCCAGCUCCAUGUUUUGUAAUGUUCUCUUUCACCUGAAGCAAUGCUGCAUUUAAGAUCAAUGAUUUGUCAUUUGGUUCUGUUUUUUGUGCUUUGAUCCGCAGGAAGGUUGUUUGCAGUAACAAAUCGUUAAACGCCCUUCGUUUUACAAUUUCAGGUGCAGUCCUAUAGCAUAAAUUCUGAUGGAGCAGAUGUUAUACAACAUAUGAUUGACAAUUUUGCCUUAUAGACCUAGGAAAGCUAUUGUAUUUACAAUACGUAUAUUCGCUGGAGGCCUGUGCAAUUUACAGCGCCUGCUACAUAAAUUGUAGAGGAUACAUACAUACAUACAUACUAAUUCAAGAUAAAAAUGACAAGUCAAAGUUCAAGUUAGGUGUAUCAAGUUACAAGAGCAUAUAUAGUGCAAUUAUUUGUAAAGUUUUUGAGCUUCCUAUUUGGAUAUGUAGCUUAUACAGCUUGUAUCUCUUCAAAUGUAAUGACUGUUACUCUCUUUUAUACCAAAACAAAUGAUGUGAUUCAAUCUUGAAGCAUAGCAUUUUAA